AGUCUGGCCCGGUGGUGGGAGCUGGCAGAGCCCCCGGGGAGCGCCCCGGAUUCGAAGCUGAGGGCCUCCUUUAAACACACACCUGUAGUUUGUUUUCUGUGCUAUGGGAGAUAUCAAAGAAUUAAAAAUGCAGAUAACACCGGAAACUCCAGGAAGGAUCCCUGUUUUAAAUCCUUUUGAGAGCCCAAGUGAUUAUUCUAAUCUCCAUGAGCAAACUGUUGCUAGUCCUUCUGUUUUUAAAUCUGUAAAAUUGCCAACUCCAGGAGAAUUCAGAUGGUCUAUUGAUCAACUAGCUGUAAUAAAUCCUGUAGAAAUAGACCCAGAAGAGAUUCAUCGGCAAGCCUCCUACUUAAGUCAUUCUCGAAUAGAUAAAGAUGUGGAAGACAAAAGACAAAAAGCCAUUGAAGAGUUUUUCACUAAAGAUGUCAUCGUGCCCUCUCCUUGGACUGAUCAUGAAGGGAAACAACUUUCAGAGUAUCAUCCCAAUAACUGUAUUAACAUAAAUAGUGCCUCUCCAGCUGAGAAAAAACUGACCAUUCAUCCUGGAAAAAGCAAUGCUGCUUGUCAGACAUUGCUGUCUCUUCCUGUGGAUUUUAAUUUAGAAAAUAUAUUAGGUGACUACUUUAGAGCUGAUGAGUUUGCCGAUCAGUCUCCUGGAAACCUCAGUUCUUCAUCGCUCAGAAGAAAGCUCUUUUUAGAUGGGAACGGAAGUAUCUCUGAGUCCUUACCGUCGACUUCACCCCGAAGUCCUCAUAGCAGCGCCCAAGCAUCACUUGAGGUGUUUUAUUCAAUAGAUUUAUCUCCUGUGCGGUGUCGGAGCCCUCUGCAGACACCAGGCUCGGGGCAGUUUUCUUCCAGUCCUAUUCAAGGUAGUGCAAAAAAGUACAGUUUGGGGAGCAUGACGAGUCCUUCAGCUAUUUCUUCACCCACUUUCUCACCAGUAGCACUUCAAAUAGGAAAGACACCUCUCUCAGAACAAAGGAAGUUUACUUUGCCUUCUCCCAGCGCCUCAUCUGGAAUAAAUUCUAAUGGAAUUACUAACCCGUGUAUCAGAAGCCCGUAUAUAGAUGGCUGUUCACCAAUUAAAAAUUGGUCUCCUAUGAGUCUGGAGAUGUGCAGAGGUGGUCCUCCAUAUCGGGCCUCGCUGAUCCGAAUUCCUUUUGCUCUGGAGACGCACAGUGAAGAUGAGGAAGAGAAAGAGAAUGUUCCUGCCCUGGAUGUCCCAAGCUCGGUCAGGGAUGCCGUGGAAGGACCCCUGCGGCAGCUGAUGGGCGAUGCUUCUACCCCCGGCCCGCGCUUCGUGGUGGCAGCCGUGUCUGUUACACAGCGUCCGCCCGGCGCUUCUGGGAAAGAACUAGCCCUGCAGGAUGUUGAGAGCGAGAAGAAUGACACUGUGGACAUGGUUGACCCUGUAGAGACAGCAGAUGAGAACACUUGGAGUAAGGAGCCCGCUGACGAUGGGAGUUUGCCUGUGCCCGAUUUUGUCAGUGGAAUUGGCUUUAGCAUUGAAAACUCGCAAAUGUGCAUGUCGCCUCUGGCCGAAAGCAGUGUGCUUCCUUGUGAGAGCAGUAACAUGCAGAUGGAUAGUGGCUACAAUACACAGACUGGUGGAAGCCAUAUUAUGGAUACUGCUGUCAUAGAAAGUUACUGCAAAGAAAGUGAUGCGCAAAUCUUGGAAGUGGAGACCAAAUUUUAAGUUUGUAAUACGAAGCUGAAACCCAGGCAUUUUCUUUUUCCUACAGUAACCGCUGAAGAAGUAUUAAUGAAAACUGAACACAGAGGUAUUAGAUGAAAACAUCACGUCUGUCUUAGUGCAGUCGCCCGCAGAAUACCUCUGUCCGAAGCGAAGACCACUGCUGAAGCUCCUUGCGUAUUCUUUUUUUUUUUUUUGCAAAGGAGCAAUAAUGUGAUGGUGACUGGGGAAGAAACUGCUUCAAGUAACAUUCUUAACUUCUUUCCCUCCUUAAUGUGAAAAAGCAAGGGCUUAGUGACGUAGAAACAACCAAAAAGCUCCUAUAACGUGAAAUUGCUCAAAUAUAGUUCUACUUUUUAUCAAUAAAUAUUUUUGUACGUA